UCUGUGGCUAGAAUUGGGUUCACUUCUAGAAAAGGGUGAAGUAUUCUCCGUCUAUGGCAAUAUGCUGCACCAUGGUUUGUCUUUGUGUUUUUUUAGGGAUGAGGAUAAGACUGUCGGGGUGAACACUAGGGAUGGUGAUUUUCAAUUAUUUCACAGAUGGACUAAUCGCAUGAUGUUCAAUGUUCUCGAUUUAUAGCAUGGAGAGGAAUCUAUUUUUAAAAAACGCACAUUGACCGGGUGGCCGCAUUGGUUGUAGCCUAGCUAUAGAAAAUGCAUGAUCGCACACCCGUACCCAAGUUUUUCCAUCAUAAUAAAGUCUCAGUGCUUACUUUGUGUCUCAUCGGAACAUGACGGUGUUUAUUGUCACAGUGUUAUUUUCCACAAACAAUUGUGAAUACUCAAUUCUGAAAACAUGUAUAGUAUUUCUCAAUGUGCGUUGAAUAUGGGAGUAGUGCCUGAAAAAGUUCUUAAAGAUCCCAUGACAAUUAUCGCAAAGUAGGGGGUUCCCCGGUGUCCUGGCUAAAAUCCCACCAAAUCCCCUGAUUUAAUUGGCUUAAAAAAAGUUCUCUCCCUCAACAACUUCGCUAAUGUUUGGAGAGCUUUCUGGCCCAAAAUGGCUGCCGUGCAUCACCAGGUGGGUGCUACUCAUUGGUGGUGGGUGAGGAGCUGCACUUCUGCACACCUUUGAGCAGCAGUAUGAUGCAGGCAGGAGUCUGUCUGAGACAGGACACUGAGACAACACUACCAGAGCUCACUGAGCAGCACAGGAUCAGACAGAAAGAAGAGGAACUCGGUGGACUGGAGGCUGUCCACAUGGCAGAAUCAAAGACCGAGUGUGCUGCACCAGGACUCAAGACACUGGAGCCAGAGUGUGUUACAGCACACAGUAGGGUCAGUGAUGUACACCACACACACGCAUCACUGAUUAAAACAGAAACUGAUCUGGGCUCCUCCCACACUGGGGAUCUUAAGACAGAGAACCGAGACGGUACAGAGCUGGGAUAUGUAGCCCAUCUGCAUCCUGACCAAAUCAAAACCGAGUCUGUUGAUGGUGGAAAUGUUAAGAUCGAACACUUCAGUGAAUUACAGGAUAUUAAAUAUGGUAAUAUUAAAUCAGAUAAAAUCAAGUAUGAAUCCAGUGAAUGUUUGGUGAGUGAUAUCAUGAAUACUGUGAUGAAUGGAGCUGCUGUUGGUCACAAAGACCAGACUGAAUCAGGGCAAUGUGCAGGAGAGCCAAACCAAAACUGUAAAAAUGAAGAAAUUCAUCAUCUGCUGACCGAAUGUGGGGAUUUAAAUCAUAACUGUGACAUAAACAAUGAGAAAACUCAGCCCAGAAUUGUCCUACAGACAAGUACAAACAAUAGGAAAAAACAUAUUGAUUGCCAGGGAACAAAUGUUACAACUCAACCCAUGAUAAUUAAGUCAAAUAAAGACCCAAGCCUAUUUUUUCAAAAGAAGACAAUUCACAGAAAUAAAAGAAAAAUGAAUACAGGUGAAAAGCCAUAUAGGUGUACACAGUGUGAGAAGUGUUUUUCACAGAAACGUGUUUUAAUUGUCCACAAGAGGAUUCAUACAGGCGAAAAGCCGUACAGGUGUACACAGUGUGACAAGUGUUUUUCACAGAAAAGUACUUUAAUAUCCCACAAGAGGACUCAUACAGGUGAAAAACCCUACAAAUGUACUGAGUGUGGGAAGGGAUUUUCCCGAAUGUUUUAUUUAUAUCGCCACCGGAGUAUUCAUACAGCACCCAUGAUAAUUAACUCAACAAAAAAACCCAACCAAUUGCAUUUCUUUCAACAGAAGACAAUUUGCAGAAAUAAAAGUGAAAUUAGUGUAGGUGAAAAGCCAUACAGGUGUACACAUUGUGAGAAGUGUUUUUCACAGGAAGGUGACUUAAAUAUCCACAUAAUAACUCAUACAGGUGAAAAACCCUACAAAUGUAUUCAGUGUGAAAAGCGUUUCACUUUAAAAUCAUAUUUAAAUACACACAUGAGAAUUCAUACAGGUGAAAAGCCCUACAGAUGUAUUCAGUGUGAUAAGUGUUUCAGUGUUAAAUCUCAUUUAAAUACACACAUGAGAAUUCAUACUGGUGAAAAGCCCUACAGAUGUAUUCACUGUUGGAAGUGCUUUACCCAACAAGGUACUUUAAUUCGCCACCAGAGUAUUCAUACGGCACCCAUGAUACCUAAUUCAAAUAAAAACCUGAACAAAUGCACUCAGUGUGGGAAAUGUUUUUCAAAGAAAAGUCUUUUAACUUAUCAUAAGAUGAUUCAUACAGGCGAAAAGCCAUAUAAAUGUAAUCAGUGUGAGAAGUGUUUUAGACAGAAACAGGCUUUAAAGUGCCACGAAAUGGUUCAUACGGGUGAAAAACCCUACAAAUGUACUGAGUGUGGGAAGUGUUUUUCCCAAAAUAGUGUUUUAAAUGACCACAAGAUGAUUCAUACGGGUGAAAAACCCUACAAAUGUACUGAGUGUGGGAAGUGUUUCUCAUUGAGAAGUGCCUUUAAUUACCAUAAGGUAAUUCAUUCAAGUGAAAAACCCUACCAAUGUACACAGUGUACAAUGUGUUUUCAUUCCAAAUAUGGUUUAAAUAGGCACGUGAGAAUUCAUACAGGUGAAAGGCCCUACGCAUGUAUUCAGUGUGAUAAGUGUUUCUAUACAAAAACUGAUUUAGAUAGACACGCGAGAAUUCAUACAGGUGAAAAGCCCUUUGAAUGUACUCAAUGUGGGAAGUGUUUUUCCCGAAAUAGUAUUUUAAAUGGCCACAUGGUGAUUCAUUCAGGUGAAAAACCCUACCAAUGUGCAGAGUGUGGGAAGUGUUUUUCUCGAAAUAGUGUUUUAAAGAACCACAUGAUGAUUCAUUCAGGUCAAAAGCGAUACAAUUGUCCUCACUGUGGGAAGUGUUUUUCAAAGAAAAGUUAUUUAAAUAGCCACAAGAUUGUUCAUUCAGGUGAAAACAUCUAGAAUUAGUGUACUCCUGUGUUGGAAAUGUUUUAAUACAAAAUACAAGUUUAAUAUUAAUGAGCGUACAGAUUAAAAGCCCUAAUCUGUAUUCUGUUCAGAGCCUGUGUUUGACUUGUGGAAUUUUCCAAUGUUGAACUAAACCUAAUGGAAUUAAUUAUUUGGGCUCACAUAUACAAUUUAUGUAUAUAUCACUUUAUAUAUAUAUAAACAUACAUUCACUUUGGUUUUAUUUCUGUUAAUAUUAUGAACCAUUAUAAUUUGCUAUCAUGCAGUUGAACUGUCUAAAUCAAGCAUAUAGUAUAAAAUUGCCAGCUUUUUCCAAUAUGAGGUUGUGGAACUUUGCGCUUGUAAUGAAUUAAUUUUUUAAUCUUGCAACUGCAGUUUUUGAGAACCUUUCCUGUUGUAUAGUAGCGCAGUGUAUACUUUUCCUGGUUGAUCAUAUUCUAGACAAGCAGUUGAAAACAACUGGGGCAAGCCGGGAUCCCAUUUUUCUUUAAUAACACGUGUUUGACCAUUUUGUUUUUUUGAAAAUAAUUCCCUUGUAUUUGGAAGGCUGUUAUUUUUUGAUGAUUGAAUUGGCACUAGGGUAACUUGUUUGAAAAAAAAAAAACAAUUUUAAAACAGUUUGGAUGCACUGUAGAAAGAAAUUGUUAUCUUUAUUGCAAACUUGUAUUCUGAAUAUGUGUUGCAAACUUGUAUUCUAAAAAUGAACUUAUGGCUCUGGCAUUUUUCCUGCUACUGCCAAUGUAGAGGCUUUAAUGUGUAUGUGUGCUAAAACUACUAUGUAAUUAUUCAAUUUUUGACAGCAUGUUUUAUCAUACAUUAGUUGUGGAUCUUUGUUUCACUCUUUAAUAUUUUUUGUUGUUUAUCAGUUCUGCAUGAAAUAAUUUUACACUGUGAAUGUUCUCAGUCCAUGGCCUCUGCCAUGUAAAUAUUUGCAUAAACUCUCAUGAUCUUCAA